UGGAUGGCGGCGUGGUGCUUUUAGCAAACAUACAGGAAGAAGAACGCUCUUCCUCUCCUCUUUCUGAAAGAGGGGUGUUUUGACAGUAAAGGAGAAGCUUACAGCAUAAUUUAAAUUUGGGACAUGUGGUCAUUGAAGUCUUUGCGGAUUGUGUGCUCACCCCGAGCUUUAACGUUACUGCACCCGAACUGGUCGAUGGCGAGCCGACAGUCUGUUUAUAAAGCUGCUGUUACAUUUUCAGCACAGUUUAUGCUGUCAACCGGCUUCUCCACGAAGGACACAUGGCACAACAACACAAACUUCAAAACACUGGGAAAAGAAGAAAAGCUAAUUUCCUGCACUAAUCCGGUCAGUUUACCCAGGAAUUACUGUACAGGUCAAGUCAAACUGAACUGCUGGAAUUGCAAACAGCGUCUUGACAAAACACCUGUAUUUUUCUGCAUGUCAUGCAAAGUAAUCCAGCCCCCUGAAGAAGGGGCAUCCUACUUUAAAAUUAUGGACUGUGACUACACAUUCACGCUGGACACACAAAAGCUGCAGAAAAGAUACUUGCAGCUUCAGCGGUCUCUACAUCCAGACAACUUCAGCCAGAGAUCUGUGAAAGAACAGGAGUAUUCAGAAGGCCAGUCGGCUGUUGUGAACAAAGCAUAUAAGACUCUGCUUAAGCCUUUGAGUCGUGGCGUUUAUAUGCUAGAGAUGCAGGGGAUAUGUAUAGAAGAGGGAACCGACUCCGGGGCUGAUUCCAAGUUUCUAAUGGAGCUGAUGGAGAUCAAUGAAGCCCUUGAUGAAGCACAGACUCCAGAAGAAGCCAAUAAGAUUGGCCACGACACAAAAGGGAAACUGGCAGACUUGACAAAGGAGAUAGACGCUGCCCUUCUUAAAGGAGAGCUUCAAGCUGCCAAAGCACUACUUGCCCAAAUGAAAUACUAUGCAAACAUAGAAGAGAAAGUGAAGGAAAAACUUUCUGAAUUCAUGUAAUUUCCCCCCUAUGCCCUGUAUUUUAUAUUUGUAGCCACAAAAGUUAGGUGCACAAGUUAUUGUACAUUUGUCUUGGGAUUAUGUAAAUGUAUUGUUCUAGUUGAAUAAUAAAACUUUACUUGUAAUGCAUAAUAUA